AUGACGAACAGGAACUCUGUUUUGGAGAUCAGUAGAACCAGCAGUUCAAAAGGAAGAAGUUUUGCUGGCCACAAAGUUCCAAAUACAAAUAAUGCCUCUGAAGCAUAUGAAGUGGAUGAAAUUGCAGCAAAAGUCCUCACAGGGAAGCUGACUACAGUUUUUCUUCCCAUUGUCUAUGUCAUUGUCUUUAUCAUUGGUUUGCCAAGCAAUGCUGUGGCCCUCUGGGUCUUUUUUUUCCGAACAAAGAAGAAACAUCCAGCUGUGAUUUAUAUGGUUAACUUGGCAUUGGCAGACCUUCUUUUUGUUGUCUGGUUCCCGCUGAAGAUCGCAUACCAUGUAAAUGGCAAUAACUGGCUAUUUGGUGAAGGUCUCUGCAAAGUAUUUGUUGGGUUUUUCUAUGGAAAUAUGUAUUGUUCCAUUCUCUUUAUGACAUGUCUCAGUGUGCAACGGUAUUGGGUUGUAAUGAAACCCAUUGUGCAUUCAAGAAAGAAAUCUGAAAUUGCCUUGAGCAUCUCCCUUGCUAUCUGGAUACUGAUUUUGCUGGGCACCAUUCCAUUGUAUCUUGUUAAUCAGACGGUAUACAUUUCAAAUCUUAACAUCACUACCUGCCAUGAUGUGUUGCCUGAAAAUGUUUUGGCUCAUGACAUGUUCAAUUAUUUCCUCUCACUCGCAAUCCUACUCUUCUUAAUCCCAGCUAUCCUCACUGUUGUUGCUUACAUACUAAUGAUUAAGACUCUGAAUGUUUCCGUCUCAGAUAUAAGCAGUGGGAAGAAACGAAAAAGAGCAAUCAAACUCAUUAUCACUGUCCUGUCUACGUAUCUCAUCUGUUUUACACCUAGCAAUGUGCUGAUUGUUGUGCACUAUUUCCUCUUCAAAACCUACAAACAGAGCUAUCUGUAUGCAUUCUACAUAAUUGCACUGUGUCUUUCUACUUUGAACAGUUGUAUUGAUCCAUUCAUCUAUUACUAUAUUUCGAAAGACUUCAGAGGGAACGUUAAAAAUGCUCUUCUUUGCCGAACUGUGCGAACUACACGGAGGAUGCAAGUCUCUCUCUCAUCAAGCAGGUCUACCAAGAAAUCAGUUUCUUAUUCUUCAAACUCAAAUGGGUCCACUAAAUCAACCUACUGAGCUUAAUCCUAGAAGAAAAGUGAACUUUCAGUACUACUGCUGAAAGGAUGUAAGUGACAAGAGAGUUACUAUGUACAAGAGUAUGAAGAAACAUCUUUGCUUUUUGAUUACAUUGAAGCCUGGAUUUUGGAACUGGCAGCUGCUUCCCCUGUGUAGAAAUUGUAAGCAGAUAAAUCUUCCCAUCAGACUGGAAAAAAAAAAAGAAAUUUCUGAUGCUCUGCAAAAAUGCUGCUGACUUGGAAGUGAGUCAUGGUUGAAGGCAUUUUUGUUCAAUAUCCAAGUUGUUAAAAAGCAAAUUGUCACUGGAAUGUUAUGUAGUAUUGCUAGUAUAUUUAAUUAACAGAGAAAUCUGUUUUGUUUGGCUGUAACUGUUAUGUAUUAAACAGUUGAACAGAUUGUGUAUGUAGGACCUUGCUCUGUACCUGUUUACACUGAACGUUGUUUGAAACCAUAGAGGGAAGGAAAGGAGAAUGCAUUUCACCAUCUUGGUGUGGGUCCAGCAACGUGACUGCUUAUUUGCAUUAGUAUAAUGUAAUUUUAUAUUGUUUUCCAAGUUUUCAUGCUGUAAAUAGUAAUGUGACAGAAGCCUGUAAGGUCAUCCUAUUGAGUUGAUAGGCUGAACUUGUUACCACCUAGCACUGAAAUAAAAUGUUAGUUGAGAUUAUAUGCUGUUACUUAACACUUAUCCGUGCAUGAUCUUAA